CCCAGCCAGUAGAGUAGAGUUUAAAGUAGAGUUGAAUAGAGUUUAUCAAUGUGGCACCUGACCCACCUGAGCUCAGCAGGACAGGUAAGAUCACAUAGUUUCUCUGAGGAAACUCUCUCUGCAAACUAGUCCUGCGGUGUCUUCAAGUAACAAGUUUGGCGAGUGGUUUUGUAAGAGCCACAGGUUUCCAGUAAGACUCUCUCUUCACCUCACGGGUUUCAUGGAUGGUGAAUCACUGUUUGCCGUCUCAGGUUUCAUGAUGGAGAAUGGGAUCAGCAGCAGCUCCUGGAAUCCUUUCUGCUCAAAACCACAGGACUACAGUGUAACAGCUGAUGUGGAGAAUAAUGUGUUUCCUAACAUGAACAGUUUUACCGCAGUAAAUCAAAGCAACGGCGUUCAUAAGACGCCUUCAUUUUCAGACAUCGAUCCUUUUCCAGCUCCAGACUGGAUUUUUUCUCCGCCUGAUUUCUAUAAAGACAGCACACCUGAUGCGUUUCAGACCACACCAGUGUCGGACAGUUGGCCUGAAGAAAUAGACAUCUUCCAGCCUUACAAAGAAAAGGUUGACAAUUCAGAACACAGAAUCUUUGUUCUCAUCCAAUCAGAACAUAGAAUCCUCAUUCUUGAUGGAUCGCGACACACAGUCCUCAUCUUCGCCCAAUCAGAACACAGAUUCCUUGUUCUCAUCCAAUCAGAACACACAAUCCACAUUUUCGCCCUUGUCCAAUCAGAACAUAAAUUCCUCAUCUUCGUCCAAUCAUAAUAGAGAAUCCUUGUCCUCAACUAAUCAGAGCACAGAAUCAUCAUCCAAUCAGAACACACAAUCCUCGUCCAAUCAGAGGGAUCCGCUCCUGGAAUUCAUUCUCUCCAGACAGAAGAAAUUUCUAGCCCCGCCCACUUUCACGUCACCAUGCGAUUCAUCGUUUCCUCAAGAAGCGUCUACAAACAGGGACAGUUUCUUUGAGGCGCCGCACAUUUCUGACCAGAACUCCACGUCUGAUGAUGUCUUCAAGACGCCGUCGUCCACCGCAGGAACCAGCGACGCAGACCUGAGGGUGUUUGACCCUCUGUUUGAGCCCCAGAGUGAAGUUCAGUCCAUUCAGAAGAGCAGUUUGGAGGCGCUGCUCAUCAACGCAUCCAGAGGUCUGACGGAUGGAGGUGUUCAGGGGACGGCAGGUGGAGAAACACCUUCCGCAUACACCUCCAGUGGAGAAACGACGUUCAGGAGGCGUCCACCAGUACCUGCUCCUCGCAGAAAAUCCCUGAAGAGUCUCCUGCCUCCACCUGAAGCACAGGUCUCCACAGCUGUGAUUGAGGAUGAUCUGAGGGUUUAUGAGGACGUUCUUCUCACCGGGCAGGAGAGGUGUGUGGAGGAUUGGCCUGAAAACAGCCCGGAACUCUCUCCAGAAUAUAAACCGGCUGGAAAACUCAGACUGAGGAGAGACUCCCUACUGUUUUCAGAAACAUCUGAUGCAGGACCAGGAGUCGACGGGACUUUAAAGAAGAAUGAUAAACGGACUCUGGGAAAGAAACUGCGGCACUCUCUGCUGAUCAGACGCAGCUCAAAGGAUAAAACUGGAGAUGAACUGAAGAGCUCAGAGACCAACACAAACUCUCUGCAUCGCGGCUCAAAGAUCAUCGGUGACGAGUUUUUUGCUCCAGAUGAAGAAGAUCAAAGAAAUGAGGCAGAAAAUAAAUCAAAGAAAUCGACAAAGCCCAAGAUUAUUACGCAGCGCAGAGGAUCGAAGGUGAAAAGUGCUGAAGCUAAAGGAUUGACUCCAGACUCAAAGGAUGAGUUCACACUAAAGCAUGCAGAUCUCUCCACGUUUGGAGAGAAAAAUGGGGACGUCAAACUGCAACCACAAAAAUCCAAGUCUCCUGUUCCUCACUAUCCAGCAAAGGACACUUCUGCAGCGGGUCUGAAGUCUCUACAGGGUCCUGCACCGAUCGACUCAAAGUAUUUCCCCAAAGACCCGUUUCUGAAUGGAGAUCUGGGCUUUCGGGACCGGCGUGAGGAGAAUGAUGAAGCUGAACUGAAGGGAGCCUGUGGGUUCACUCCUCAUCCUCAUCUCAAGGAUGAAGAUGGCUUCGAUGACCUCAAUGAUUCAGUGUUUCCUCACAAGCCUCACGAGCUCAAGGACGACACAUUCCUGAAAACCGAAGCCGGGCGCAGUCUUUCCCCUCAGGACUUUAAGAAUUCGUAUUCAAAUGGAUAUAUGGGAGCUUCAUCAUGGGAUGCAAUGGCAGCAGAUGCUGAGAAAGCCUAUCCUAAAGCUUCAGACGGGUUUCUGUCAGACUUCAGUGAGAAACCUCAGGAGAUGCAGGACUGUCGACCUAAGAAACCAGCCAAGUUUAAAGUCCCUCGUUUCCCCCGCAGAAACUCAAAGAAUACUGAGGAUGCAGAGAUGCGGCAGAAUCACGAGGCUUCAGAGAUGAAGAAGCCUCCUCUUCUUCAGGUGCCGCCGCUUCAGGAGCUGCGCAGAGACUCAUGGGGUGUUGAUCUGGACGAGGGCCCUCAGAAGGGAGCAGACGCUGAGCUGUCGGAGGACUUCGGCUGGGAGGAAUAUACCCCGGAUAAUAAACCACAGAAACCCAAAGAGACGGCCAGUCACCGCCGAGGCUCGAAGAAUAAAGACUUUCCUGAAGACUUUCUGGAUCCUCCAGGAGCAGCGGCUGCAGAUUAUCACCUGUCAGAUGCUGCCAAGGCUGAGUGGACUUCAGCUCAGAUGGACAUGAAGAGAUUGAGGGAUCAGGAGGAAGAGCAGAAGCUGGAGCAAGAGGAGGAUGAAGGGGACACUGACAGCCUGAUGGAGUGGUGGAACACAGUGGAGUAUUGGGAUGAAAUUCCUUCAAACGACACCAUCAGCUCUAAAGAAGAGGAGACCAUCUCAUUUAAGGCAGUAGCGGAGCAGGUCCACCGUGGUCUGCGGGUAUACCUGAAGCUCUUCAUGGAGCGCGCUGAGCUGCUCUACCAGCACGUGUUGAUCUUAUACGCCAUCGCAGACGACCUCAGCAGCUUCCACCAUCGCUCCAAAAUCGCCAACAUCGCCGGUGGGACCACCACGGCUGUAGGAGGCGCCGCUGCCAUCGCGGGGCUGGCGCUGGUGCCCGUCACCUUCGGCGCCUCCAUCAUCAUCUCUGCCAUCGGCCUCGGGGUCGCCACGGCUGGAGGAAUCACUGCGGCUUCAGCCACCAUAUCUGACAACAUCAACAACAUGCAUGACCGUAAGAAGAUUGAGGUAAUCGUUCAGGACUACGAGACUCAGCUGGUGGAGAUGCAACGCUGUCUGCAAUUCAUCAUCGAGGGUCUGUCUCGACUCCGAAAUCAUGCCCUGCUGCGGAGGAACAACUACUACACGGGCGACUGGGAGGUGCGGCGCGCGCUGCAGACCAUCAGCCUGGUCACCGAGCCCGUGGACAAAGCAGAGGACAUCAUCACUAACACACUGCUGAAGCUGGCCAGCCUGCACACGGGCAUCGACAAAUACUUCACUAAAGACAUGAAGGAGGUGAAGAAGGGCUGCAAGAAGGAGGUGACGGCCGAGGUGCGCAGUAUAGCCAAACAACUGCAUCAGGGGCUGGUGGAGCUCAACACUAUCAGAGGACAACUGCUGGACGCCAGCGGGAACAUCUAAGCUGGGGAAGGGGAGGAAUGUGGGAAAGGAGUCUGUAAGAGAGAGAGGAGUUUAAAUCUGGAGGAGGAGUCAGAUCCUGGUGGAGCUUAACACUAUCAGGGGACAACUGCUGGACGUCAGCGGGAACAUCUAGGCUGGGGGAAGGGAAAGAACGUUGGAAAGGAGUCUGGUAGAGGGGGAGGAGUUUGAGUCUGGAGGAGGAGUCAGAGGCUGGUGGAGCUUAACAAUAUCAGGGGACAACUACUAGAUGCUAGUGGGGAACAUCUGAACUGGGGGAGGGGAGGAAUCUGAGAAAGAAGUCUGGGUAUGAGGAGGAGUUUGAAUCUGGGUAUAGUGUAUGAGGAGGAGUUUGAGUCAGGGUAUGGUGAGUAGUCUGGGGAAAGAGUCUGGGUAUGGUGAGGAGUUUGGGGAAGGAUUCUGGGUAUGGGGAGGUGUUUGAGUCUGGGUAUGGUGAGGAUUUUGAGUCAGGGUAUGGCAAGGAGUCUGAGGAAGAAGUCUGGGUAUGGGGAAGAAUCUGGGGAAGGAGUCUGGGUAUGGGGAGGAGUUUGAGUCUGGGUAUGGUGAGGAGUCUGGGGAUGGAGUAUGGGUAUGGGGAGGAGUUUGAUUCUGGGUAUGAUGAGGAGUCUGGGGAAGGAGUCUGGGUAUGGGAAGGAGUUUGAGUCAGGGUAUGAUGAGGAGUCUGGAGAAGGAGUCUGGAUAUGGGGACGAGUUUGAAAUAUCGUAUGGCGAGGAGUCUGGAGAAGGAGUCUGGGUAUGGGGAGGAGUUUGAGUCAGGGUAUGGCAAGGAGUCUGGGCAUGGGGAGGAGUUUGAGUCAGGGUAUGGCGAGGAGUCUGUUAAAGGAGUCUGGGUAUGGGGACGAGUUUGAGUCAGCGUAUGGUGAGGAGUCUGGGGAAGGAGUCUGGGUAUGGGGAGGAGUUUGAGUCAGCGUAUGGGAAGGAGUCUGGGGAUAGGGAGGAGUUUGAGUCAGGGUAUGGUGAGAAGUCUCAGGAAAGAUUCUGGGUAUGGUGAAGAUUCUCGGAAAGAAGUCUUGGUAUGUGGAGGAGUUUCAGUUUGGGUAUGGUAAGGAGUCUCGGGAAAGAGUCUGGGUAGGGGAGGAGUUUGAGUUUAGGAGAGGAUUUGUGGUCUGAGGGAGGAGUCUAGAUGUGGAAUUUUCAUCUUGGGGAGGAGUCUUUGUCUGGAGAAGGACUCUGGGGGUGAAUUCUUCAUCUUGGGUAGGAAUUUUGGUCUGAGGGAGGAGUCUGGAUUUGAGGGAGGAGUCUGGGUCUGGGGAGGGGUUUGAGACAGGGCAAAGGGCAUGCUGCGUGCAAAAGCUGCACUGUAUAAAUUAACCUUAAAGCUGCAUUCAACUCCUCUUUUAGAAGCACACUCAUCAACUUCUCUAGUUGCCUCAAUCCCUUGAUUUUGACAGAGGGAACAAGUCAACUUGAUAUGUCUACUCCAGCACCUAUAUGUCCCAAAAUGCAAUGCGAUCAAUAAUCAAUGCUAUGCAAUUAGUGUAGUUCCAAAGUGUUCAAGGGUUUAGGGCAAUCCAUUUAAACCUAUUCGCAUUCUGCGCCAGUAGUGCACACUUGAGCCUGGGGGAGGAGUUUGAAUCAGGACUCUGGCUAUGAAAGUUGAUGAAAUUCAGCAACUCUCAUCCUAAAACAUCCCUGCCUCUUAGUACUCUCGCUUGAGGAUACUUUUAAAGAAAAACAGAUAUC